AUGACUGCACAGUUAAGGGCCUCCUAUCUUUUCCUUCUUUUCUUAGCUGGCUUCGUGCAGACAAAUUCCAAGCCAGAAAGGAUGAAGAUGGAUUGCUACAAAGAUGUGAAAGGCAACAUCUAUGAAUAUGACGCUUUCACUCUGAAUGAGGCGGAACACAUUCAGUUCAAGCAGUAUGUGGGCAAGCAUGUCCUUUUUGUCAAUGUGGCCACCUAUUGUGGUCUGACAUCUCAAUAUCUUGAAUUAAAUACACUUCAGGAGGAGCUGAAGUCCUAUGGCCUAGUUGUGUUGGGCUUUCCCUGCAACCAAUUUGGAAAGCAAGAGCCAGGAGAGAACUCGGAGAUCCUUCCAGGACUGAAGUACGUCCGUCCAGGAGGAGGAUAUAUACCUAAUUUCCAGCUUUUUGAGAAAGGGGAUGUGAACGGUGAAAAGGAACAGAAAGUCUUCACCUUCUUGAAGCGCGCCUGUCCUCAUCCUUCCGAGGUUAUGGGCUCAAUCAAACAUAUAUCCUGGGAACCCAUCAUGGUCCAUGACAUUCGCUGGAAUUUUGAAAAGUUCCUGGUGGGACCUAAUGGAGUCCCCGUCAUGCGUUGGUUCCAUCAGACUCCAAUCAGUGUAGUCAGGUCAGAUAUCCUGGCGUACCUGAAGCACCUCAAAACUAAAUAG